AUGAAUUCUCUUGGUCAAGGUUUACGUUAUGAUGAAGAUGAUGAACACGUUUUUGAUGAUAGUCCGGUAGCUUCCGUUUCACCACAAUCGAGAACACCACCGGAUUCUCCGCUUUAUGGCAUUGCGCGUCAAUCGAAUAUUGAACAAAUGAACAAAACUGAACAACAAAUAUCAAUUGAUGAAAUCUCACAGUUAAAUGCUGGAAUGUACAAGUUAUAUCAUACAAAUAAGUCAACAGUUGGUGAACAAUUGCAAAUGAAAAAUUUAACGGCAGCAAAAAUUAAUGAAAAUUAUUUGACACCACCCCAAUCACCGUUUAUUCCACCAAAGUAUUCAAAUUUGCUAUCAGCAUUCCAAAACGAUGACUUAAUGAAAUUAGCUGAACAGUCACCGCUUGCUAAGCGAUUAAAUCCUCCUGAUUCAUUGUUCAAUGAUUGGUCAAUCAAUGUUCCAUCAACAGAAGUUUUAAUGACAAAUUCUCAAUCAUCAUCCAAAAGUCAAUCAAGUCUUCAACGUUAUAUGAGUCCACAACGUAUAAUGUCUGAUAAUACAAUUCAAGGUGCGACAGGUGAUUUUUCAAUUGAAAAGGACGUUGACAGUUUCGAGCCAAAGCGACAUAUAUCUGUUACUACGCAUGUGGAAACAGAAGGGAAUCAUUUGUAUUCGUACAUUGCAAAAGCAAUUGAUUCCUCAUCUACAACUACAUGGUCAAAUCUUGGUAUUGCAGAUGCUUCACAACAACAUUCGUUCAAUCAAGAUCUUGGUCACAAUUCACCACUUCCAAAUGAUUUACGGGCCCCAGGUGCACCUCUCCAUGGAUUAUCGGCAUUAUCAAAACCACGUGGCCCAUCGUCGUUUAGUGCAAUGAGUGCCAACCAACAACAUUCGGCCGUGCCGCUAAUAUUUCCACAGCAGCAAAAUCAAAUGGUCGUACGUAGUGCUCAACAAGCAAUGCCAGUGUUUUCGUCAACAUCCGGCAUUUCCCAACAUUUUUAUCAACAGCAAUAUCGUACUCAUCAACCGCAAUCGAUGCCAUCGUACAAUGCUACGGAUCCAUCAUAUAAUUCAAUCGUGGACGCUGCCGUCAGUGCUGUUCUCCUAAGACAACAACAACAACAACAGCAACUGGCUCAACAAAAUAUCGGUGGUUUGUCGUCUAUGUCAUUUCUUACUCCAGCACAAGCUCAAUUAGUUAACAAUAACAAUAACAGGCCAUUACGUUCAGAAAAAAUUGAUAUUGAAAUAAUUAAAGCGUUAAUUCGUCAAGCAAAAAUGAAACGUCGACUUGGAUUGAAAAAAGAGGUGUGUGUCUUCUGUCGUAAUAAUGGUGAGAAUGAAUUGAUUUACACCAGUCAUAGUCUGAAGGAUUCAAAUGGUAAUGUGUCAUGUCCAAUACUACGAGCUUAUCAAUGCCCAAUAUGUGGUUCAACAGGUUCAGCAGCCCAUACAAUUAAAUAUUGUCAAGCAGCUAGUGAAGAUACUAAACGUUUAUGUACACCAUAUGAAAAAUUGCUUCGUCAACAAUUGUUACAAUCACUAGAUGGUAUGAAUAUGUAUGGUUUUUGUCUGUGA